AUGGUUGGCAAAGACCACUAUCCCAAACCAGUAAUUGAAUCUGAUACUCUUAUUCCCAAGAUUUUACCUCAGAUUAAUAUAGAAUUCCUUGAAAGUAAUGGAGGACCUGGAACCAUCAAGAAAACUACCUAUAAUGAAGCAUGGAUAGAUGAACUAGAGAAGACUUCUUAUGAAAUUAAAGUAGUAGAUUCUUUUGAUGGAGGGUCCAUUAUCAAGAACAUCAGCAAGUAUUACCCAAAGGAAGGUUGCAAGCUCAACGAAGAAAGAACCAAGGCUGAAGCAGUGAAGGCUUUUGGCAAAUUUAAGAUUAUUGAAACUUAUGUCUUAACAAAUCUUGAUGCCUGCUAAUUUGUAUAAUACCUAAUUUUAGGGUUAAUAAUUGGUUUCAUGUUUUCUUAUAUUUAUAUUUCUUUCGUUUUCUUUUUAUCUUUUUUCGAGUGGCAGGUCAAACUAUAUUUUGACCCGAU